AUGUUAGCUCUUUUCAGUCAAGCUGUCCGUGUCGACAACACAAUUUACAUCAGUGGCUCCCUUGGUUUAGAUCCAAAGACUGGAGAACUGAAACACGGUAUCAAAGAACAAACUCACCAAUCGCUCAAAAAUGUUGGUGAGGUAUUGAAGGCUGCCGGUGUUGGAUUUGGUAACGUGGUAAAAACAACGGUUCUGCUAGCCAAUAUCAAUGAUUUCACAACUGUCAAUGAUAUCUACAAAGACUACUUCACAACGAAGUUCCCGGCACGGGCCGCCUAUCAGGUUGCUGUUCUUCCGAAACAUGCACUUGUAGAAAUCGAAGCUGUAGCAGUCGCAGGAGAGAUUAAGGACGUCUAA